CGGCGUCGGCCGGGGCAGCCUGGGCGCCGCGACCCUCGGCGGCCACAGGGGGACGGGGAGGAGGAGGAAGAGGCGGAGGCAGCGGCGGCAAGGAGGAGGAGGGCUCGCUCGCCUGUUCCGACGCAGAUAUGGUGGACUGAUCCCCGGCAGGACCGAGAGCAGGGAUUCCCGAGGCUUCCCCGCGCGUGGCCCGCCGCUCGUCCUGCGCCCCGCACGCCCCUCGCCGGUGCCCGCGUUCCCGCUGCGCCCCGUGCCCGGUCCCUAUGGAGGCGCCGCUCGCCGGCGAGGCCGCCGACCAUGCCUAGGAGGGCCGGGAGCGGGCAGCUGCCGCUACCCCGGGGCUGGGAGGAGGCCAGGGACUACGACGGCAAGGUCUUCUAUAUCGAUCACAACACCAGGAGGACCAGCUGGAUCGACCCCCGGGACAGGUUAACGAAGCCCUUGUCUUUCGCUGACUGUGUCGGGGAUGAGCUGCCAUGGGGAUGGGAAGAAGGGUUCGACCCUCAGAUCGGUGCCUACUACAUCGAUCACAUCAACAAAACCACACAGAUUGAAGAUCCAAGGAAACAGUGGCGGGGCGAGCAGGAGAAGAUGCUCAAGGACUAUCUCUCCGUGGCCCAGGAUGCACUCAGGACGCAGAAGGAGCUGUACCAAGUGAAGGAGCAGAGGCUGGCCCUGGCCCUGGAUGAGUAUGUCCGCUUGAAUGAUGCCUACAAGGAAAAGUCAAGUUCUCGAACAAGCCUCUUCUCAGGGUCUUCAUCCAGCACUAAAUAUGAUCCUGAUAUUUUAAAAGCUGAGAUCUCCACCACGAGACUAAGGGUUAAAAAGCUGAAGAGAGAACUCUCCCAGAUGAAGCAAGAACUUCUCUAUAAGGAGCAAGGCUUUGAAACGCUGCAACAAAUUGAUGAAAAGAUGUCUGGAGGCCAGAGUGGGUAUGAACUUAGUGAAGCCAAAGCCAUCCUGACAGAACUGAAGUCUAUCAGAAAAGCAAUCAGCUCAGGAGAAAAGGAAAAGCAAGAUCUGAUGCAGAGUCUCGCCAAGCUGCAGGGGCGCUUUCACUUGGAUCAGAACAUGGGCAGUUCCGAGCCAGACCUGAGAUCUAGUCCUGUGAACUCACACCUCUCUCUAUCCAGACAGACCCUUGACGCUGGGUCACAGACAAACAUUUCUGGAGAUAUUGGGGUACGGAGCAGAUCAAAUUUAGCUGAAAAGGUCAGGCUGAGUCUCCAGUAUGAAGAAGCCAAGAGAAGCAUGGCUAACUUGAAAAUUGAACUGUCAAAGUUGGACAGUGAGGCCUGGCCCGGGGCCCUGGACAUCGAGAAGGAGAAGCUGAUGCUGAUCAAUGAGAAAGAAGAGCUUUUGAAAGAGCUGCAGUUCAUCACCCCGCAGAAACGCACCCGGGACGAGCUAGACCGCCUGGAAGCAGAGCGCCAGCGGCUGGAGGAGGAGCUGAUGUCCUCGCGGGGCUUGCCCAGCAGGGCUCUGGCCGAGAGAUUAAAAUUAGAAGAGAAAAGAAAAGAGCUGCUACAGAAACUUGAAGAAACUACUAAGUUAACUACUUAUUUGUAUUCACAACUUAAAAGCCUCUCCUCCAGCACACUGUCCAUGUCGUCUGGAAGCAGUCUGGGGUCCCUGACAUCCAGUCGGGGCUCUCUGAACACCUCCAGCAGAGGGUCCCUCAACUCCCUCAGUUCCAGUGAACUCUACUACACCAGCCAGGGCGAUUCGAUGGAUGCAGACUAUCAAUGUAAACUGGACUUCCUUCUUCAAGAGAAGGGCAGCUACAUCCCUUCUGGACCCAUCACCACCAUUCACGAAAAUGAGGUGGUCAAGUCUCCCAGCCAGCCUGAGCAGAGUGGGCUGUGUGGGGUGGCGGCUGCAGCAAGCAGCCACACUCCGCCACUGACCGAGGCCUCCAAGUCAGUGGCGUCCCUCUCCUCCAGGUCCUCUCUUUCGUCCUUGUCCCCUCCUGGUUCUCCUCUGGUCUUGGACAGCACAUUUCCAGUGUCUUCACACGACACCCCUCUGCACCAGUUCACUGUUGACUUUGAGGACUGUGGAUUGAGUAGCCACUUCGCUGAUAUUGGCCUUGGCGAAAAUCAGGUCUUGCUGGAUUCGGAUUCAGGAGCAUCCCAGUCUCUCUUGGAGGACAAAGACCUUGAUGAAUGCACAGGGCAGUUGCUAUAUGAAGGAACAACAGAUAUGGAAAAGUCGUUACCCAAAAGAGGAGGAAUCCACCUGCGUGGGAACAAAACUGCAUGUGUGUCAGCUGCUGCCUCUGAUGAAUCUGUGGCUGGGGACAGUGGAGUCUACGAAGCGUCCAUGAAACAGCCUGGCGAAGUGGAGGACGCUCCCUAUAGUGAAGAGGAUGUCUCUGUUGUGGAGACCGCCCAGGUGCAGAUAGGACUCAGAUAUGAUACAAAAAGUUCAAGUUUCAUGGUGAUUAUAGCACAACUCCGAAAUCUUCAUGCCUUCUUGAUACCUCAUUCUUCAAAAGUGUAUUUUAGGGUUGCUGUGCUUCCCUCCUCGGCUGAUGUUAGCUGUCUGUUUCGAACAAAAGUCCAUCCUCCCUCGGAAUCUGUGCUGUACAAUGACGUGUCCAGGGUGGCCAUUUCUCAGGCAGCCCUGCAGCAGAAGACCCUGAGAGUCGAUCUCUGCUCUGUCAGUAAACACCACAGGGAAGAAUGCCUGGCUGGGACUCAGAUCAGCCUGGCAGAUUUACCAUUUUCCAAUGAGAUUUUCAUGCUGUGGUAUAAUUUACUUCCUUCCAAGCAAACGCCUUGCAAAAAGAAUGAAGAAGAAAGCGAGGAGCCUGUAGUUCAAUCCAACGAGCCAGAACUAGAUUCUAUAGACUUGGAUGCCGUGUCAGCCCUGCUUGCAAGAACUUCAGCUGAGCUAUUGGCUGUGGAACAAGAACUAGCCCAGGAGGAGGAGGAGGACCUGAGGCCAGAAGAACAGCAGGGUCCCGGGGGAGAUUGCUUAACGAAGCUAAGAGAAGCCUCUGAUGAAAUUGUGGCUGGUGUUCAAUUGGUGGAGGGCAGUUGCUGCCCAGGAGACCCGAGUUCAUGCACUAGCGUGCCUGAAAUGAGUGAAGACCAGCGUAGGAUCGAAAGCCAGCAUGCUGAAGACCCUCAUCAGCCACCAACUGGAAUUCCCACCCUGGUUGAUAAGGAGACGAAUACUGAUGAAACCGUUGAUGGCAAUAUGGCAGUUCGCCCCAAAGACCGUAGCAGCCUGAGCUCUCGAGAGCAUCCCUUCGUGAGAAACAGCGUGAUAGUGCGCUCACAAACCUUCUCCCCAGGCGAGCGGAGCCAGUACAUCUGCAGGUUAAAUCGGAGUGACAGUGACAGUUCAACCUUAGCCAAAAAAUCAUUGUUUGUGAGAAACUCCACCGAAAGACGCAGUUUGCGGGUUAAAAGGGCAGUCUGCCAACCCACCCUCAGGAGGACUGCUCAGGAAUGUCCCGUGCGCACAUCUCUAGACCUGGAGCUGGACCUGCAGGCAUCAUUGACUCGCCAGAGUCGCCUCAACGAUGAGCUGCAGGCCCUGAGGGACUUACGGCAGAAGCUGGAGGAGCUGAAAGCUCAGGGAGAGACUGACCUUCCCCCAGGCGUGCUGGAGGAUGAGAGAUUCCAGAAGCUUCUAAAGCAAGCAGAGAAGCAGGCUGAGCAGACAAAAGAACAGCAGAAGCAAGACCUGAAUGCAGAGAAGUUGAUGAGGCAGGUCUCCAAGGAUGUGUGCCGGCUGCGGGAGCAGAGCCGGAAGGUGCCUCGGCAGGUGCAGUCCUUCAGGGAGAAGAUAGCCUACUUCACACGAGCAAAGAUCAGCAUCCCGUCCCUGCCAGCUGAUGAUGUGUGACCUCGAGGCUUCUCGCCUGCUCACUUUCCAAGGGAGGGUCAAAGACUGAACAUGUACUGGUUUUGGUUUUUGUUGGGGGAGGGGCUUUUGUUUCCUGUAACAUAACUGUCAACCCUUGAAGAACUUUCAUUCCACACCAGUUUCAUCAGGUUAAUCUGUAAAGUGAGUUGAAUGUAACUCUUACAUGCUUUAGAAGGAAAAAAAUUCACACAACAAAAGUGGGGUAACCUGGUCCACACUUGUUGUACAGUGUGUAUGUGUGUGUGUCACCCCUGGGUUUCCCUGUGCAGAACGAACAGAGGCAGAGUGCCUAGUGUCUGCUGAGCCGACUGCAGAAAGCAGCCAUCCCGGAGUCGUGAAGCUGGUACCACACCAGUCUAGAAAGCCACGCUUUCCUUCGAAUGUGCACACAAGCAAGCAUCACUCGAGUCCUCCCAAAACAGAUGCCCUGUUCCUUCCAUCAGCUAUGUCUGGCCACCUUGUUUCCGCACGGCAGUUCUUUCUGCCCUCCUAAACUUGUCUAAAGAAAACAAAAGCAUGGAAUACUGAGUAUAAGAAUAGGAAAAUCAAACGUAUACUUUUACUGUUGAGAGCUGUGGUUGGGACAGAGAGAAAAGGAGGGGGCACCAUCUCCCAGAAAUCACACCAAGGAAGCUCAGCUAGCGCUUGAGUGGCCACUGCUUCUAACGCAAUCUGAACCUGCAGGACUUUGUCAGUUUCUGGCCUGUGCCAGGUUUUGUCCUAGGGAUACAGACAAUGCCACAGAGAACCAUAUGGUGGUGGCCCUGGGCUCUGAUUGAGUGCAGGCUGUGUGGAGGGGACACACCCAUAUUCAUUAGGUGAGAUGAGGACACGGCGUAUCUUAAUGAGAUCAGACUUGCCAAACAGAAGAGAGUUAAUCAACAGGUUUCUACACUUACUUGAAAUUAUUUCGCAGCUGUCAUCUUUAGGGGAUUCUAUCAGUGAUUCAUAGAAAGCAGUCAGAAGCAGAAACAAAGAGUGUUCCUGAGAGGGCUCGGAGUGUGGACUGGAUCAUUCAACAAUAUAUAUUCUGGGUGAACAAGCUUGAGCUAGAAAUCGUCAAAGUGUCCUGCUCUUCAGGUUAGGUUUUAACUCUUAACUCACCAGACCUGGGCAGUUCUUAAAAAAAGAAAAAGGAAAAAAAAAAAAAAAAAGGCUCAGUAUAGCUUUGCCAGCAUACAAGUGUUAAAAUACAUAGUUUUUAGGUCAUUUAAACCAUAUUUACUUAGUCUUCAUACUGGAAGAAGCCGUGUUAUGGUGAGCCAUCUUAUAUAGCAAGCUAAAUUAUUUUUUAUUUUUUUAAUGCAAAAUAAUUUUAUAGGAAUUUAAAAAAAGUUAGGCAAGAAAAAAAUCUUUAAAAAAGAAUUAUGUUUUGCUGGAAUCCCCAUUAGUAAGAAUUUUUAUUUUUUUGAAUCUAUGCAUAUUUUAGAAAGUUCAUUUUAUCAGAAUCAAUAUUUAUACUCAGCCAGAACUUCAAUUAUCAAGUUACUGCACCUAAACCUUCAACCGUUUUUCCCCUAAAUGUUGUGCAGCUUACCCAACCUCUUAGGAGAUGUAACUGGACGUGACACUACUUGGAACAAAAAAAAAAAAAAAGAGCCUAGUGGCAGGCUGAGUGCUCUCCCGGGCUGCCCAGUUUGCCCUGUGGGUAACUGGGAGAAGCUGGAGUGCCAUCCAUCCUUGUCAAGGUCAAAUGUGAACAGCAGAGUUUUAUUUAAUAUAGCGCUAAAUAAAGGUCAGCUGUCCUCAGCAUCAUAUUUGACCCACGAAAAUGUUCAUAGAAUUUUGUGUAGUUGUACCGUACGAUUUUAUUUUCAUUUAUUUAUUUACGGUCUUAUUUAUGUUCUGUUUAAUAUAUAGUUUGAUUCUGACCAUCUUAAAUGUUGGGCUUACAAGAGGCUAUAUUGGAGUAUUUACAACUUCAUGAUCUUCAUGCUAACUUUUUGUAAUAUGAAAAGUCUCAGAUAAGUGUUAAAAAAUAGAGUGUCUCAGGCUGGUAGUUCACAGUUGUGACUGGGGGACUUUGGUUUUAUUUUACAAAACAUGCUCAUUUCUAACAUGAGAGAGAAAUGCAUUCUAGCAAGACCCUUUUCCCACACUCUAAAGUCAGCAGUAGUUUUAUGUAUUACAGGCAGCUUUAUGUAGUCCUGUCACAUUUGUAUUAACCCCAUGAUUCAAAAAGCAUUUUACUAACUUGAUCACACAACCAUAUGGACAAAUAAAAAUUUUAAUAUUAUGAAAAAUAUUUUUAAAGGUAGAAUUAUUCUUCACAGAAUAAAACGAAUUUAAUAUCUAGCUGUCAAGUUUGGAUUAUCAGUAUAUUAUUACCAUUUUAUAUAUCAGACUCUUAAAUGUUACAGGUACAAAAAGAGUAUUACUUGCCAAACGAACAAAGUUUAGCAGAGUCUCUAGCAUACAAAUUAAAUACAUUUAAAUUUUUUUCUGCUAUGGAUUUAUAUUAUGUUAAAUAUGAGAAGCUCAGGACUGAACUAAACAUUUAAGCUGGUUAAAUUCUGAGUAUGUCUCUGUUUUCAUUCAUGCUGUUUGUAAGUGUUCAGGUGGUCACACAGGUGAAGCCCAUCACUACACAG